AUAGAGGGAGGCUAAUCAAUCAAUCAGCCUCAUUAGCCUCCAGUCCAGCAGCGACUAGCUUCAUGACCCUGAGCUGCUUAAUUGAUUAUUAGUGCAAUUUAUUGGUUUCGACUGUCGCAAUGGAGGAAGACUGUGAUUUAGCUGAAGAAGACUAUGACUGUCCAAGCCUUCUGUGUGAGGAACUGGAGGAUUUGGAUACAAAGGACGACCAAGGGAGGAGGAGGAGGAGGAGGAGGAGGAGGAAAGGAGAGGAGGAAGUGUUUAAUCAGAGGGAGGAUGAAGAGGCAGGAGAGGAAACAGACCGAGAAGACAAAGAGGGGGAGGAGGUUAAAGAAAAGAGAGUUGUGUCAGAAAAUGAAGUGAUGGCAACAGAGGGAGAAGAGGAGGAGCAGGUGAAGCCAGAGAGUAGGCCGAGAGCGGAGGAGGCACAGGAGGUGAUGGAUGAGAACAACAAGGAAAUAAUCGCUGAUAAGCAAGAAGACAAAGAAACAAAAAGUCUAGAAGAGAGAGACGAGAAGAAAAAGAGUAAAAAGAGGCGAGGUAAGAAGCAGAGUGAGAGAGUGAGAAGCAGGAGAAGUUUAAAAGAUGUUGGUGAGCGGUUUGAGGAGGAACAGGAGAGUCGGAUACAGGAGUUGUCAGCGAUGAGCUCGGAGGAAAGCUCGGCUCUGUCGGAGCCUCCCAUUGGACUGAUGAACAGCUGCGACCUGUCUGAUCCCGUCUACCUAGGAUGUGGGGGGACAGGGCUGUAUUGCCCUCCAGUUCCUCUUCCCCUGCUGUACUCCUCGCAGCCUCCAGUCCCAAUCCAACCUGCUCCUCCUCAGCCUCCUCACGGGACUAAAAGGCCUCACAGCCCCCUCCUGCCUCACAGCCUCCCCCAGCAAGGCCCACAGCCCCUCGAGAUGGAGAUAACCCAGGUCUACUCCGCCCGACGCUCCAUCCGUUACAGCAGCAGGGGUCGAGGCCAGGCUCUGAGCUUCCCUCUGAUGCCGGGAUUAGAGACUGUGGACAGCUGCCUGCUUCCGCCUGCACCGAAGAAGAAAACACGGACGCUCUACAGUACUGAUCAGUUAGAGCAUUUAGAGGCCUUGUUCCAAGAGGACCACUAUCCUGACGCAGAGAAGAGGAAAGUCAUCGCCGCUUCAGUUGGUGUCACACCUCAAAGAAUUAUGGUCUGGUUUCAGAACCGCAGGGCUAAGUGGAGGAAAGUGGAGCGCUCCAUCACAGCAAGUGUUGAACACAGACAGAGUAGAGCUGGAUGCAGCAGCAGCAGCCCCCCACAUCACCAGAUCAAUCCCACCCUGCCCACACUAGCAUCCAACAGUAAGGGAGCUCCCUGUUUUUCGAGUCUCUUUGUUACCAAGCUGCCCCAGCUCGCCCCUGCAGCACCUUCUUUCCCCACCCUGUCCAACCAGACUCCGCCCUCCUACAGCAGCCUGCUGGCCAGCCUCAACAGCCCAGGUCAAUCCAGAGGGAGAGAUGUGGGCCAGCACCAGCUUUUGUCUCAGGCGGGGUUGGCAGAGUACCACCCCCGCCCCAUGCACAGCCCUCCCCCACUGCGGCGAGCCAGUCUCCCCCUUUUCACAACGACCUACAACACCGCCAACCCGACUCCCCCUCUCCUUAACACCCUGGCGCACACCCCACCUCUGUUCCUGGAUGCUCUGGAGGGUGGCUCCGCCUUGGCCCAUCGUGACACCCAGUCUCUGCAGAAUGACACCAGUUCUCUAUUUGACUUUGGGGAGAAGCUCGACUACCUGACCUCAAGCCAGCAGAACAACCCUCUCUCCUACCAGCUCCAGACCUCCUACCCCACCAGCCAGCCCCAGCACCAACCUCAAGCAUCUCUGCCGCGCAUGGCCUACCUCACCCCCUCCCCCUACCUCACCCCCAACCCUCCAGAUUCCAACCCUACCUCCUACCUGACCUUUGGCCCAGGAGGAAACUCCACUGGGAUGGUGACCUACUCCACCGGAGGCCACGCUUACUUCCAGUCCCAGAGCACAGGACAGAUCCUGCUGCAGUCGGCCGGUCAUCACGGUGGGAUCGCAGCGUACCAGUCGUACCCAUGGGGCAGCAUGUAUGGUCAACCAGCCAUCCACCAGCGGACUCAGUGCCCUCCAACUUACCCCAGCAGCUUGGGGGGUGCUCAAGAUCACCAGCCGCUCCCCUCCACCAGCCUGCCUCCCCCUUCAUUCUUCCCCCGGGGGGAACACGGGCCCUCACAUGCAAACUCCCAGCGCUCAUCACACAGCCAUACACACACCGCCACCAGCAGCAGCAGCAGCACCUCCGUCCUCCCUCCAGUGUCCACGCUGCGGCCCUCUCGCCUCAGAGCAGAGAUCACUCCAACCAAGGCUGCCUCCCUGCUGCCUUCUCAGGUCAGCCCUGCCUCUCCAGACAGCUCUCCAGUGCCCCCUUGUGUCAAGAUAGAGUAUGACAGUCCUCGAGAGAUUCACAGCCACUUCCACUGUGAAUUCUCCCCCAUACACUUUUGACUGCAUGUUUGCUUGUGUGUGAGAGUGUGUUUGGCGUAUCCGUGUUUAUAUAUCCUGCAUAAGUGUGAGUAUUUCUGUAUUUUCCAUUUGUAGUACUAUUAGGAUGUUCUCAGUAGAGAUAGUAAUGUAAACUGGCUUAGUUGGGCUGCGUUUAACUUGGCUGCAAUAAAUGCUCCUUGUUCUGUUAAUCCUUUGUUUUUACAUUUAACUAGCAUUGCUAUGAUUUUAAUUAAUGGUCUACAGCAUGUUAUUACUCCGAGGACAAUUUUUAUUGAGACAAUUUUGUUGCGGACCGGACAGAGAGGUGCGUGGGAGGUGGGUUAAUUGCCAAACGUAAUUGUUCUCCACGUCCCCAUCAGUAUAUGCCUGCAUGUUCACAAAUCAUAAAUGUCAGUGUUGAUUCCCAACACAAGAAUAAGCCUUGAUACAAAGUUAGAAAAGGACAGAGAGAAAAGCGUUACAAUUUCACUUAACAGAAACUGGUAACUUAAUUUAGUCUCCCUAAUUAGCAUUUGUCAGCAGUAUAUAAACAUACGACAAAUGGUUUAUAACACACUAUAAUGUAGUUGUAAGCAGAUAUGAGUGUUUAUUAAUGCAUUUGUCAACAACUACAACUCCUAUAAUAAUAUAGUAAAUCAAUAACAGAAUAUGUCUUCAUAGGAGAAGUUAUAAUUGUUGACAAAUAUUGUACAUUGAUAAGCAUGUAAAAAUGUCG